CAACUGACGUAUAAAUGACGUCAUAGCCUGUUUACUGGCGUACACCGAAAUCAGGAGAGGGACAAGGUAUGAAGUGUGAAAAUGAACGGAAAAGCGGCCUUUUCGUAAUGACAACAGUUUCAAAGGUAGGAAACUAGAUGAGCCCAUGGACAUAACCCAGUUAUGGGUAUGGCCGAGAAGCCAAAAGGCCCGAUUCGCGUAGGAUUUUAUGACAUCGAGCGCACGAUAGGAAAAGGGAACUUUGCUGUGGUAAAGCUUGCAAGACAUCGAAUAACCAAGACGGAGGUGGCUAUCAAAAUUAUCGACAAGUCUCAUCUGGAUAAAGUAAACUUGGAGAAAGUGUACCGAGAAGUUCAGAUAAUGAAACAACUGUCGCACCCAAAUAUCAUCAAACUUUACCAGGUGAUGGAAACAAAAAGUAUGGUUUACCUGGUAUCAGAAUAUGCCAGCAAAGGAGAAAUAUUUGAUUUUGUUGCACAACAUGGUAGAAUGCCGGAGACAAUGGCUCAAAAGAUGUUUUGGCAGAUCUUAUCCGCUGUGGAAUACUGUCAUAAUCAUUGCAUCGUACAUCGAGACUUAAAGGCAGAAAAUCUUUUACUUGAUGAAAACAUGAACAUCAAGAUAGCAGAAAUAUUUUUUGUAGACUUUGGUUUCAGUAAUUACUACUCUAUGGACAACUGGCUGACCACGUGGUGUGGGAGUCCUCCAUACGCAGCACCCGAAGUAUUUGAAGGCAAGAAAUACGUUGGCCCAGAAAUUGACGUAUGGAGUUUGGGAGUUGUACUCUAUGUCUUGGUGUGUGGAAACCUACCGUUUGACGGCAGUAGUCUUCAGGUCCUUCGGGAACGAGUGUUGUCUGGUCGUUUUCGUAUUCCAUACUUCAUGUCUUCAGAAUGUGAAAACUUGAUUCGUCGGAUGCUAGUGUUAGACCCAAACAAAAGGUUUACUGUAGAGCAUAUCAAAAGACAUAAAUGGAUGCAACUAGAAAGUGCUAUCCCUCCAUCACUUUCACAACAUGUUGGCCCUUAUCCUAGUGACAGAGAAGCGGUAAAACUUGGAGAGUUCAAUGAACAAAUACUGCGGUUAAUGCAGAGUCUAGGAAUUGAUACGUCCAAAACUAGGGAGUCUCUAGUGAACGAGAAAUUCGACCAUCAUGCAGCUAUAUAUUUUCUUUUGUUGGAUCGUUUGCGACAACACCGAGCAACCGUACCGCCUGCCGUAGUGAAACAACCAGUUGACAGUUGCCAUCCCCGUAGACCUAGCACCAUAGCUGAACAAGCAAUGAGAAAACUAGAUUCACCCCCUCAUGGCUUCAGUUUUUAUCAGCAGCCAGGUGGCCCAACAUGUGCGUCGCAGAUCACCCAAUCUCAAGCCCGGCCUUGCAUUAGUGCUAUGAGGUAUCAUAUGUUCAGUAGAACAACAGACGGAACAACACCCUCUGGUGGACCUUUCAUUGCUCACGCAUAUCGAAUAAAUGAACGGGACACUGGUCAGUACGUCCUUCCUUCAGGAACUUAUCUUAGUGAUGUUUCUCAGAUCCCUAGAGCCCCUCGAAGUCAAAUUGGAUCUCCAAUGUCCAGAGUGACCGAGUCCUUAGAUGAAGGGGUAGAAACGGACAUUAAUGAAGGAUCUAAAGAUUCCGAAACCCAACCUCCCAUUAAACAAAGGCCAUCUUGCCAGUACAGUGAACAUACCACUUGUUGUGGAUCUAGUGAUAGUCAUAGAGCCAGCCCACCAUUAUGUAAUCUCACACAGUUGCUCAGUCUAUCUGACUCACCAGUUGGAAGUUUCACCAGCCAGGGCUCAAACUUCGACAGUUUUGAUUCGCAAAUCGAAACAGAUUUUGCUUCUAGUCUAACUUCCUGUUCACAGGGAAAUCAGAGUACAGCAAGUUUCUAUGAAAGUCGUGAAGAGUCAUUGUGUGUAACUAAUCCAUGUGAAGUACUAUCUCAAACUAGGCUCCCAAUUCGAACCAACAAUGUUAACCGACCUUCUUAUAGACAUAACCCAAUAGAAAACGAACGUAGUGCCAUAGAAUCCCCCACUAGCUUCCGAGAAGGCCGUCGUGCUUCAGAUGGGCUUGUUGCUCAAGGUGUAGCCAUCUUUUGUCAACGGCUUGGCGAUACUUCUAAGGCCCGUGGAAUUGUAGGGUUAAAUGAAAUUAAACAAGAACACCAAACACUUCGAAAUCUAUAUCCGAAUCAAGUGCCAGAGGCUCAGCAAGUCCAGUAUCAGCUACAACACUCUCAGUAUUGGUCAAUGGUUUCAGGGAGUUUGGCUCUUUCUUCACCAGACCAACAAGCGUUACCAGUGUCCAAACGUGUCAGUCUCCCGGAAAAUUUCACAUAUUCUCCAAUUCCUUCAGCUUUAAGGCAUGGAAUUGUUUGUGAAGACUCUCAAUUGGGACAACCUCCAGAAUUUGGGGGAAUAUUACUUAGUCAGAGCAAGCCUUUGCAACAGCAACUACUUCAACAGAGGCUGCAGCAGAAGAGACAGGUGCUGCAAAAACAGGCAUCACUUCAUCGCCGCCAGGCGGUACGUCAGACAUCAUACAAGCUUGCACAGCAAGCUCCGACGAUUCCUCCCCUUCCUACCGAGCUCUUGAAUCCUGUUUUACCCUUUCAGCCCAUUUCAGAAGAUAUAUCCUCUCCAUCAGACGAGGAAGUUCAUGCUCAGCCCCUUCCAAAGCAAUAUAAACCUCAAGGCCCUAAAGAAAUGACAAUAGCUCCUGUAACUUCUGAACAAGAGGAAGCCGUGUCAUUAUGUCCUAUCUUUCCAGUUAUUCCAGUUGAUACCAGGUCUACAAGCGAGUAUUCUGAUAUUCAAUUGGAAAAGUCAGAACAGGGAAACAAUAUUGAGUCUAGUCAGGCCAAAAAGCCUUCCUCAGCCUGUGAUGAUGUCAUUUUUACCGGAGAGCCAGUAAUUAGUGUUGUGCCCCCCAAGUGAUAAUACAUGCCAAAAUCGUGGAGGCCAUAUUGGCUCCAUAUAACCUAAUUCGACAUUGUGCGCAAAGUUAUCUGUUGCUCUGCACUCUGCAGUUUGUUUUAUUACUAGUAGCAUAUGUAUCUUUAGUUAUCAAAACAAGUAUAUUCAUGUUUUAGUUUUAGAGAAGAACUUGUUGAAAAGCUGAUGUUAGUCCUCAUCUUUGAGUAACUAGGCAGCUUUAAAAUUGUGGAAACAAAUGUUAUGAUAUACCAUAUGUAUUCUCAGCUUAGUUUCGUAGAUGUUAGCAAUUUGUUGAGGGUUUAGGUUGAAGAAGUUCAACUUAUCAAAGUGUACAGUGCAACAUCAAUUUCAGGUAAUAAAAUGGAUGAAUGAUGAAUCGCGGUGCAACAUGCAACACAGUUCCGUGUGGCAAUAAAUUAGUCAUAUAGUAGCUCGGUUGAUGUUCCACGUGAACAUUAAACAGCAUAUUUACUUUUCAUGCAUAAAGAAUAAAACAUAUAUUUGUGAAUAUGGUUAUUAACCCUAUUUUGUUGUGUUUUGUUAAAAAAACUGCUUUAUUUCUAUUUCUUAUUAACAAAGUGCUUUAUUGUUAGCUAAUUUGUUAGGGCUGCCAUUUUUGUGACUUCUAGUAAUAGAUGUAUGGAAUAUGGCACAUGUUAUAAUGCCUGGGAUUUUUUGAAUAAUGAAAUUAUAAGUGUUAGUUUAUAAAUGAAUUGUCCGUAUAUAGAAAACAAUUAAAUACAACAAUCUGUAAGUUGGAAGUUUACUUAUUGUGCAAGUUACUCACUUUUCUGCACAGAGCUGUUAUGGGGUAUUAGAAUCUAUAUCUCUUUCUAAGAGCGCCAACGAAUAUCAAGGUAUUGUUAUUGUAUUGCAUUGUUACUUUAACUGAAUGUUGACGCAUUAUAUUGCUGUUUUUGUUUACUCUACCUGCAGAGAAAAUUUUAUACAGUAACUCUUAUUUGAAGAUACAGAUAUAUUUAUAAAGAACGAAAAUUUAUUACUUAAAAUUAUCCUUUCAAAAAACAAAUUAUUUUACUGUAGCUAUCACUCUAGUCAGUUUUUUUAGUAACUUUUUUUUCGCUAUUAUUUCAUUAUGUGCAUGCAUUAUAUUAAACUCGUAUGCUUAUAUGUAGAUUAGUGAAAGAUAUUCAAUGUUAUUUAUUGUAUUUGUUGUUUAAAACAUUAUCAUUUUUAUGUACCUUAACCAUUUGUUUUUCUAUUUAUUGAGAAAGUUAGAAUGAAAGAGACGUUUAGAUUUGGGUUUUAUGCCAAAGUAUCUGUUUCACAUUUGAAAAUCAGAAAACUGGAAUGAAAUUGUAUCAAAUUGUGUAUAUAACUGCCAUGAAAUGUUUUGCAAUAUCAAAUAUUUUAUUUAGUGAAACAGGAGAAAACUAGUAAAAUUAUUCAUUCACUUUUCUCUUGUAUGAUUGUUUUCUUUGUAUUUAUGUUUCUCUUAUGUUGUUUCAUUAUCUGGUUUAUCACAGCAAUAAAUUCUUUAUUGUCUGGCUGAGACACAUUGGUUUGAAGACGUUUAGUUUAAUUAUCUCUCUCUCUAAUGCACGAUGCAUUGCAACAUUUUCCAGAAGGUAUUGAUAAGGAGAUUGUCCAUGAAGAAACUGAUAAAUUUACAAUGUUACUAUCUAGUAUAUUUUACAAGAUAUAGAACAGCCGAAUAUUUUAUUAUUCUAAGAAUAUGCUUUUACAUAUAGAGAAUAAAAAGUUAAACUCAGGAUUGCGUUACUUUACCAGUCACAAAGUUAUCUUCUGGGAGGGUUUUUAUGUUGAGCUCAAAGUAUCUUUAUGUUAGCGGAAUACAUAUAAAAUAUCUUUGUUACAUCUAGCACCCAUAUGUAACCGUUUAAUUAAACAAUAAACACUGAAAUAAAGAAUAACAGAAACAUCAAUUGCUUCCAGCAAGCUUUAUAUUUAUAAAAUGUACCCCAUAGGAACAAACAUUUAUUUUUAAGUAGUGAGCUAAUAGUAAAUCUGAGAAAGAGUUUGUCGUAAUAAAUGAUCGUCAAUUGCAACGUAAAUUUCCACUUAAUACGAUAAAAAAUCAAAACAUUAACUGAUAUAUAUUGAAAUUAAUCGUGAUAUUCUUCAUAAAUUGUAAUGAGAAAUACAUUUCGAUCCAGUGAUUAGCACUUAUAAGCUCAAAAUGACGAAGAAGUUUCUCUUUCAGUGGUUAUCAAGUUAUGGAAGAGAUUAUAUCUGCUACUCAUUUUGGAAACAUAUUACGGUAAUGCAGUAAUAAGAUGACAAGCAACGGUUUAUAAAAUACAUUAUUUUAUGUAGAGAACGUACUACAUAUUUCAACAGACAUUGAUGUGUCUUUUUUUCAGGUUUACUAUACUAAUAAGUUGACAAGAAACGGUUUAUAAAAUACAUAGUGAAAAUUAUUUUAUGUAGAGAACAUACAACAUAUAUCAACAGACAUUGAUGUGUCUUCUUCAAGUUUACUAUUGAUUAUAUCUGCUGUUAACAUUCAGCGAAUGUCGCACUAGGCGUUUCGUGUAAACAUGCGUAGCUAAACAAAACAUGCACUUUAUUAACUGGUUAUGUGUUAGUAGUUGAAUUUUAACCAUUCUCAUUAUUAAAUCACGUUAUUUUCUAACAGUGUUCUGUUAGUGUGCAGCGUUGCAGACUGUUUACUUAGAAUGCAGUUAUGUAAAUGUGUCAUGUCAUAUUGAGUAGUAAGUAUACCAAUCAAAUAAUAGUCGUGCAGAAUCCAAU